UGCCUUCAUGGUGGUUUCCCCCGAACAGGAGCCUGGCCGUAGCACCGGAGGACCGGAGGACGAUGGCGUUAGCGGGGCUGCUGCUGCUGGAGAUCGGUCUGUACGUCAGCGGCUUCGUCUGUGGGAUCAUCACCGCCGCCUCCAUCACCAUAGUCCAGGGUAACUUUGGAGGCCGGUGUAUGCUUUAUGGACUUGUCAACUACAAUGUUACAGCAGACCUUAUUGGGAUCGAGUCGUCCAGCUCCUUGUCUGUGUGCUACUUUGUGUCGACCAUAUCAGUGAUGGUGGCAGUGCUGUGUUUCUCCCUGUCUCUGUACUUGCUGUACACUUUCUGCAUGGAAGGGGAAAUCAAAAGGGAGCGCAUGUGGUUGAGCCUGAUUCUAGCUGUGAGCAUCUUCUUCCUGUUCUUCCUGCUCAUCACGGGCUGCAUGGUGAAGAUCGGACGGGAGUCGCUCUGCAACUCGGUCACACAGACCGUUCAUAACAUCACCAGCUGUGAAGAGGCCCAGACUAGAAAAUGGGUCAGUCCACUUAGAGGGGGAAGAUUCUACAACAGUCUAUACAAAGCCGAGACGGCAUUGUGGGUCAACUUCUUCCUCUGGCUCGUCAUCGGGGUGCUGGUGAUCCUUCAGAGGUGUCAAGGUUCAGAGUUAAAGAUUAUUUCAGGAGACUAUGGAGGGCCGGCCGGAGGGCUUUUCGCCGACGCUGCUGAGACGGUGCCAUUUUUCCACUAGCAAAGCCACAGUGAAGGACGGGUGACACAGCUGACUUACAAAAACACAUACACGAGCACAACAUGAUAAUAUAGGAGUAGAUUUGGCAAAGGGUAAAUACAUUUAGUUGUGUUUCCUAUAUUCCUAAAACACAUUCUGUAAGAUAUUAUAUGAAGUUAAUCAGUAGUUUGAGAUAAUCACUAUUCGCUGUUUGGUGUUGGAAUGGAAUAGCAAUCCAUCGCCUUAACAACUCAACCACCUCAUCAGGUACUGAGGUAUUCAUAACCAUAUCCAUAAUCUGCCCGACCACAUGAUCCAAAGUUUACCACAUCUAUUCACAGAAGCCACGUCAAAUGUCUUGACUAUUGGAUCACAGACGUGUGUAUUUCUUCAUUUACAUGGUGUUUCAGUUUACAUCCCAAGAGUGUUUAUUGCAGGCAUUUUUUCUAAUUUAAUAAAUGUGUUUAGAUUUAGUUUUUUUGAUGUUACUGGAGGAUUUUUCCUUUGUAAACAGACAAAGUAUUAACAUGGUGGUCAAAGCUUUUUUUUUUUACCCCUUGAGAAGUUUGCAUUUUGUAUUUCUACUAUGUGCCCACCAGUUUUACUUCUGUAUCUUUAUUCUUUUAUUCAUGAUUAAUUAUUUCAUUUUACAUUUAGGCCAAUUGUCACUUCUCUUCAUUUAGUCUCAAAGUGUUUGUCAUGCGAUCUUAGAUAGUUCAGUCUAACUAUGUAAAAAAAAGAAACACUGCAUAAAGAACACUUGUUACAGCUCGACGGGCAGGAACAACAUUCUGUUACAUAAUUUGAACAAUAAACCAAGAGGAUUUUUUAUUUAAAGUAUGACAUAUAUGCUCCCAGUCUAACUGUUACAUCUGAUAUCCAGUCCAGUCUCAAUCACAAGUGGCCAUUAAAUACUUUAAUCUGAUCCUAUGUGCUUGUGUUUUCGUAGUAAUUUGCCUCUGCACUGUACUUUUGCUCUGGUUUAUGCUUUAAGAUGAUUGUUUAAGAAAGGAGAUGCACUUAUGACUUCUGGUGACUAGUAGUUCUCUUGAAUACCUAUGUUGAAUACACUUCCUGUAAGUCGCUUUGGAUAAAAGCGUCUGCUAAAUGACUGUAAUGUAAUGUAAUGUAAUAAAGAGCUUGAAUGUCAAGAUAUGAACCACUUAGUUUCUAGUGAUGCUACUUGACACAUGGUGUGGCUACUUUUUAAACCAAUAAACCAAAGAGUUAAAACACAA